CUCUCUCGAUAAUGGACGGUGGGCUUCCCAUGCUCAACUCUCUCUUACAGCACACACUGAGAAGCUUGUGUUCAUGUUCUGAGUCUUCUUCUACUUCUUCCAAGUGGGUUUACGCAGUCUUCUGGAGGAUUCUUCCUCGGAAUUACCCUCCACCCAAGUGGGAUUAUGGGGGAGGUAUUCUUGACCGCUCCAAAGGAAAUAGGAGGAACUGGAUUCUUGUGUGGGAAGAUGGGUUCUGCGAUUUCUACGAAUGCGAACGAGCGAGAGAUGGCUACAGUAAAGGGAGGUUUGGAGCUGAAGUCUUCUUUAAGAUGUCUCAUGAGGUUUACAACUAUGGAGAAGGAUUGGUGGGAAAAGUUGCAGCAGACAACAGUCACAAAUGGGUAUUUAGGGAAACCCAAAAUGGGAACGAUUCCAACUUCAUUUCUUCCUGGAGUGGAACAAUGGAACCUCAACCUAAGCAAUGGGAUGCUCAGUUCAAUUCAGGCAUUCAGACUAUAGCAAUCAUUUCUGUUAGAGAAGGCAUUGUCCAACUGGGUUCACUAGAUAAGAUCUUGGAAGAUCUCAAUCUGGUGAUCAGCAUACAGAGGAAGUUCAGCUAUCUCCAGAGCAUACCUGGUGUCUUGGGAAUGCAGAGACCUUAUCUACCGAUCCAAAAAUAUCCAGACAGCUCAAAACAAAAUACCCAGAUGAUAGAGACCAAGCAAACUGCUUUGUUGGUCGACGAAAAGCAUCUGGGAAUUAGUGGAAAGAGAUGCUACGGUGAAAGACUGGAAGAAUUUCCGAUCAAAUCCAUCAAUUUGGGCUGGAAUAGCCCUCAAACGAGCAUUGGAGGACCCGUCUGGUCAAACCCACCACUCUUACCCUUCAUGUCCAGGAGUCUAGGAGCUCUGUUAUCUAAACUACCCUCAGUGGUUCCCCCACAUAACGCCAUGAAUGCUACUGAUAGAACUCCAGAUAACAGUACAACAAUUCAGAGAACAGUGAUUAAUGAAGGUGGGCUGGGAGAAAUUUCUGAGACUAAGGUCGAAACCCCACUUUUGGAUCUCUCUAAAGAAGAAAAACCCAGAACCCAAAACCUGAAAUCAAGCUGGGAAGAUCAAGAGGAAAGGUGCAUCUUUCAUACUCAGCAGGAAGAUGGUUUAAGCUCAAUUAAUUAGUAAUGUAUAAUAUAUUAGAUGAAAUAGUUGAAUUAAUGGAUUAUGCCCUCCUUUUGAAA